AUGGAUAAUCUCCGAAAGAAAAAUAGUGUUAAGUUGAAGAGAAAGUGUCGUGAAAUCGGACAGUCGUCGCCUUCAAUGAUGUGGAAGAGGUCGAUUGUGCAAGCGACGACUGGGUGCGCGCGCGCCACCGCGGCCCUGGCCAUGCUGCUCACUGUAUUCGCGAGUACAUGGCGGGGCGGAGCAUGUGCGGACCUGGUGAUUGAGAUCCCAGGCUCGGUGGGCGGGGAGGCGGAGGCCGACGGCGGCCGCUACCGGCUGGACUACCGGCCGCCGCACGGCACGCCCCCGCCCAACUUCACAGUGCCGGCGCGCGCCAACACCAUCAACUUCCAGGGCCUGCCGGGCACCAAGUACCACUUCAUGCUCUACUACUCCAAUGCCACAUUCGCCGACCUCUUGACAUGGAACCAAACAAUCAUUACUGCACCCGAGCCGCCAACAAACUUGACGGUGACACUAGGGCGCAACAAACAAGCGUACAUAUCCUGGUCGCCCCCGGCACACGGUGACUAUACCGGAUUUAGAUUUAAGGUGAUCCCGCUGACGGAGCGCGCGGAGGGCGGCGCGAACAACAUCACGGCGGAGGGCGCGGCCACCAACCACACGCUGCGCGACCUGUCGCCCGGCGCCACCUACCAGCUGCACGCCUUCACGCUGCUGCACGACAAGGAGAGCGCCGCAUACGCCUCGCGCAACUUCACCACCAAGCCCAACACGCCGGGCAAGUUCAUCGUCUGGUUCCGCAACGAGACCACGCUGCUGGUGCUGUGGCAGCCGCCGUACCCGCCCGGCGCCUACACGCACUACAAGGUGUCCAUCGUGCCGCCCGACGCGCGCGACUCGGAGCUGUACGUGGAGAAGGAGGGCGAGCCGCCGGGGCCGGCGCAGGCCGCCUUCAAGGGGCUGGUGCCGGGCCGCGCCUACAACAUCUCCGUGCAGACGGUGUCGGAGCCCGAGAUCUCGGCGCCCACCACCGCGCAGUACCGCACCGUGCCGCUGCGCCCGCGCAACGUCACCGUGCCGCUCGCCGACCUCAAGGAGACCUCCUUCAAGGUCACCUGGCUGCCGCCGCUCGAGGAGAGCGAGUUCGAGAAGUACCAGGUGUCGGUGAGCGGGACCGGCGGCGGCGGGCGGCGCCUGGCGCCCGUGGUGCGCGCGCGCAACGACACGCCCGCCUGCGCCUUCGAGGGGCUGGAGCCCGGCGCGCCCUACACCGUCACCGUCAAGACCAUGUCCGGCAAGGUCACGUCCUGGCCCGCCGCCACCGACCUGACGCUCAAGCCGCUGCCGGUGCGGGACCUGGCCUGGCGCUACGCGGCCGACGGCGCCGUCGACCUCUGGUGGGCGCCCGCGCCCGCCAGCACGCAGGACGAGUACAAGGUGUCGUACCACGAGGCGGGCCCGUCGCGCGACGACAGCAACACGCUGAGCACGGCCGAGCCGCGCGUCACGCUGCGCGCGCUGCUGGCCGGCCGCAACUACAGCGUGUGGGUGGCCGCCGUGUCGCGCGGCGUGGCGGCCGAGCCGCGCGCCGCCGCGCUGGCCACGCGCCCGCUGGCGCCCGUGCUGCUGGCCGCGCGCGCCUCCGACUCCGACCUGCGCCUGUCCUGGCGCUCCGACGUCAACUCGCGCCAGGACGGCUACGAGCUCAGCUACCGCCGCGCGCCGCCGCCCGCCGCGCCCGCCGGCCCCGCCGCGCCCGACGCCGCGCCCGCGCCUGACGCUGUCUAUCACAAGUUGGAGACCACGGAGACGAGCGCGACGCUGUCGGAGCUGUUCCCGGGCGCCGUGUACGAGAUCCAGCUGGCGGCCGUGAGCCACGGGCUGCGCAGCGAGCGCCUGGUGCUGCGGCGCGGCGUGCGGCCGCGGCCCGCGCUGUGGCUGCGCCUGGCGCGCGCCACGUCCAACAGCGUGCUGGUGUCGUGGGCCGGCCCGCCGCGCCGCGCCAGCGCGCUGGGCGGCUUCGUGCUGCGCUACCGCACGCGCGCCGAGCCGCGCUGGACGGCGCUGCCGCCGCUGCCGCCCGACGCCGACCACGCCGAGAUCCCCAACAUGACGCACGGCGAGCACUACAUCAUCGAGCUGGACACGCUCAGCGAGCCCGCCGACGGCGAGGCCGUCGAGAGCGACCGCCCGCAGCGCGAGGAGCACACCGUCCGCCCCAACCCGGUGAGCAACGUGGAGCAGUUGGUGGACACUCGCAACAUGACGCUGGAGUGGCCCGUGCCCGGCGGCCGCGUGGAGUGGUACUCGCUGCACUGGCGGCCCGUGGGGCCCGGCGCCGCGGCCGGCGCCCGCAACCUCAGCGCGCCCGCCGGGCCGCGCGCGCGCGCCGCGCUGGACGGCCUGCAGCCGGGCCGCGCCUACACCGUGUCCAUCGCCGCGCACUCCUACAACCUCAGCUCCGACGUCUUCACCAUGGACACGCGCACCCGUCCGCUCAUCCAGUCGGAGAUGACCAUCGUCAACGAGCCCGGCACCGACGACGACAACGACACCGCGUCCACCACGCUCAAAGUGAUCUACACGCGCACGCCGGGCUCCGCGUCGCAGUUCGACUCGUACCGGUUCCAACUGGAGGGCGCCGGCGCCGAGCCGCGCUGGAGCACGCGGCCCGCCGACGCAGAGGGCCAGGCCGUGGAGUUCUCGGGGCUCGUGCCGGGCCGCCUCUACAACGUCACCAUGUGGACCGUGUCCCACAACGUCACGUCGCACCCCGUGCAGCGCCAGGCGCGCCUCUUUCCCCGGCCCAUAACGCAGCUGAACGCGACGGAGAUCGGCGCUCGUGAGAUAACGCUGGCGUGGGACAAGCCGGUGGGCGACUACACGGACUUCGAGGUCCAGUACCUCACCGACGUGGACCAGUUGCAGACGCUCACCACGGAGGACCUCGGCAUCAAGGUGGAGGCGCUGCGGCCGCACAGCGUGUACACGUUCACCGUGGUGGUGGUGGCCGGCCGCGGCGGCGCGCUGCGCCUCACGUCGCGCGGCCGCUCCGCCGACGUGCGCACGCGCCAGGCGCCGCCGCCCGCGCCGCGCGACUUCCGCGUCACGCGCGCGCUGCCGGCCGAGCUGCGGCUGGCCUGGGACCUGCCGCCGCACGACGCCAACGGGGACCUGCGCCGCUUCCUGCUGGAGUACGCGCCGCAGGCCGACCCCGACCGCGUCACCACCGUCGAGUUCCCUCCUGACGCGCGCGAGGGCGUGGUGUCGGGGCUGGUGCCGGGCGCGGUGUACUGGCUGCGCGUGCGCGGCGAGACGGGCGCGGGGCCGGGCCCGGCCGCGCGCCUGCUGCAGCACAUGGCUAUCGGCGCGCCGCCGCGCCCGCCCGCCGCCGCCACGCCGCGCGAGCUGCGCCGCUCGUCGUCCACCGUGGCCGUGCGGUUCCGCGCCGACUACUUCUCGGCCGCCAACGGCAACGUGACGGCAUACACGCUGGUGCUGGCGGAGCAGCCGCGCAACGACACGCCGGCGCGCCUGCCGUCGUGGCGCGACGUGCAGGCGCUGGCCGCCUGGCCGCCCUACCAGGUCACGGAGCCCUACUACCCCUUCCACUCGUCGCCCGUGGAGGAGUUCACCAUCGGCUCGGAGCGCUGCGACGCGGGCGGCCGCGCCUACUGCAACGGCCCGCUGAAGCCCGGCACCAAGUACUACGUCAAGCUGCGCGCCUUCACGGCGCCCGACAAGUUCACCGACACCGGCUACGCCGUCGUCUACACCGAGGUGGACAACACGGCGUGGAUAGUGGCCCGCCGCGCCCGCGCCCGCCGCCGCGCGCACGUCGCGGCCCGUGCGCGUGGCCGACUUCAUCGACCACUACCGCCUCAUGUCCGCCGACUCCGACUUCAGGUUCAGCGAGGAGUUCGAGGAGCUGAAGCACGUGGGGCGCGAGCAGCCCUGCUCGGCCGCCGACCUGCCCGUCAACCGGCCCAAGAACCGCUUCACCAACAUCCUGCCGUACGACCACUCGCGCUACAAGCUGCAGCCCGUGGACGACGAGGAGGGCUCCGACUACAUCAACGCCAACUACGUGCCCGGCCACAACUCGCCGCGCGAGUUCAUCGUCACGCAGGGCCCGCUGCACUGCACGCGCGACGACUUCUGGCGCAUGUGCUGGGAGUCCGGCUCCCGCGCCAUCGUCAUGCUGACGCGCUGCGUGGAGAAGGGCCGCGAGAAGUGCGACCGCUACUGGCCCUACGACACGCGGCCCGUGUACUACGGGGACAUCGCCGUCACGGCGCUCAACGAGUCGCGCUACCCCGACUGGACCGUGACGGAGCUCAUGCUGUGCCGCGGCGCCGAGCAGCGCGUGCUGAAGCACUUCCACUUCACGACGUGGCCCGACUUCGGCGUGCCCGACCCGCCCACCACGCUGGCGCGCUUCGUGCGCGCCUUCCGCGAGCGCUGCCCGCCCGACGCGCGCCCCGUCGUCGUGCACUGCAGCGCCGGCGUGGGCCGCUCCGGCACCUUCAUCACGCUCGACACGGCGCUGCAGCAGCUCGCCGCGCACGCCGACUGCCUCGACGUCUUCGGCAUGGUGCACGCCAUGCGCCGCGAGCGCGUCUGGAUGGUGCAGACGGAGCAGCAGUACAUCUGCAUCCACCAGUGCCUCGUGGCCGUGCUGGAGGGGCAGGACCUGGCCGCGCCGCCGCCGCACCACCACCACAACGCCGCCUUCGAAGACGACGAGGGCAUCGCAGAGUCCGGCAUGUAGGCGCGCGCCCCGCGCCCCGCGCCCCGCGGCCUGCGCCCCGGGCCCCGCGCCCCGCGCCCCGCGGCCUGCGCCCCGGGCCCCGCGCCCCGAACUGCGCUCUGUUGCGGUCGAAAGCGCGCCCGCUCAAUCUGAAACUUAUGUACUUAAAUUAUAUUUUAUCUCGAUGA